AUGACGGAACAAAUACUUCAAAAAGCUGGUCUCUAUGUUGAUGAUCUGAAUCGAAUCCGUCUUAUCGACCCAGGUAAGUAAUAACUUUCAAGUCUAUUUUAGCAUUUUUUUUUAAUGGGAAUGUGAAGGAAAAUUAGCAAAUUUUUUACAUAUUUUGUGGGCGUUUUGAAAAUCAUAGGCAAACUCGGAAAGGGUGGAAAAAGGCCCUAUAGAAAUGUUCCUUUUAGGGUGAAAAAGGUUCCUUUUUUGUUGCCUUUUCGCGCCAUUUUUGCUGCCUCUCCCUUACUCCACUAUUUCUCGAGCCUUUAAAAUCCCAGGAAAAUGGAAGUCUCGAUAAAGGGACUCUCUUUGCUACCUUUUUGCUGCCUUUCUGCGAACUUUCUGCGACCUUUUCCUUUCAGCGACCAUUAUCCACCAUUCCGACUUUGCCCGCGGAUGUCUUCAGCAACAUUUUUGCUUUUUUGCCAAAGAAACACGAAUCAUAAAAUGCUUCAGAAUGAAGAAUAUUUGGUGACCCAACAAAUGUAUGAGCUUUAAGAAGUCGCGGAUUCGCUGCAGAGCACACAUGAACGGGCGACGGAACUCGUCGGACAUCUGAAGGCUUUCCAGAACAACACGUCGACUCUGAUCGACAGCAUGGAAGAAGUUGGUCUACUUUUUUUGAAAUUCUUGUUGGAUUAAAGUCUGAAGUCUGUUCACCAAAACUUUAGGGGGUGUUAAAAGCGCCACUGGAAAAAAAGUUCUACGUCUUGGUAAAUUUAUAAAAUUUUUCUAUACUCCUUCAACCUAAAAAUCGUUCUGGAAGGUUUUAUCAACUGUAUACCUAAUUUAAUCUUCUGCUUGAAAAACCAGAUAUGUAAAAAAUAUAUCCUUUCAAAUCUCAGAAACCAUAUUUAAAUAUAUCAUCCAAUCGCUAAGCUUCGCGUUUUUUUAAAAAUUAUUUCUACAUCGAGGCAGUCGGCUUUUAUAUGGUCGUGCAAGGUGUAAUUGAGUCAUGAAAAUAAAUAUGAGCCUCACAUACUAAACGAUUUAGAAUAAGUAAUGAAAUUAUCAUCCUCAAAUUAUCAUGUUAAAAAAUAUCCUUUCAUUCAUAAGUUCAAAUUGGAGAUUCAUUUUUCUUUUCUCUCUUGAAUCUGAGUAUAGGUUGAAACACUGUUCAUUGUAAUACAGGAAGAUCCUACAAAACUUCUCGGUUUUUGAGUGAGCCUCGAACCCGGAAAAAUUAUCGAAAGCCGGUUGAAUGAGUUAUUUUAAAACUUUUAGGCGUCCAUCCUCCAAAACUAAAGUUGUGUAAAGUGAACCCUUCAAAAUCUUGGAAAAAAAUUAUUUUGGAAUGACGUACGUCAUUUUGAGGUGGCGCGAGUGGUGGAGUCCGAGAAGAUUCGCGCGCUUUCGUCGAAAGGAGCCGCGAAUUCCGGGAAACAGCGUGAGAGUGACGCACAGUCGCUGCAGAUGCUGAUUCGUGAGAGGCAGGUCGAAUUAGAACGUCUGCGAGUCGAACUCGCCGCCGCUCAGAAAAUCGAGCAAGAACAAAAAGAGCAAAUCAACGUCUUCUCAACCGUUUAA